AUGCAGUACAGAUCACAGUCAUCAUCUGCCUCUCUCCGGUGGUGCCAUGGUAAAACCAAUGUUGCGAUAUUGGCAGACCGGGGAGGCAAACAUUCUGGGCAAACCCCCAGCAGCAUUGUAAUCAAAGCCGCGAGGCAUUUCGGGGUGCAAAUGCACGUCGCUGCAAGAAGUUUGCAUUACAGCAGUAACGUGAAUCAUGCUGGAUGUCGCAGACUCGACGAGUACUUGGAGCCGUUGCUAUUGCCUGUCUCAGCUCACAAGGUGUAUUUUCGCAACCUUGUACAAGUCAUGUCAUUGUUUAGGCAGACAAGGCCAGCAUGGGGGCCAUCCAACAAUCUGACUCAGACCUUACCUCGCAUCAAGGGCAGGAAGAAAGGUCAAGUUGGACUUGUCUAG